AAAUCACUGUCGCACAAGCGCAGACCGACGGCAAGCGAGACGAGCAAUUUGGACUCGAGAUGCAUCGUGUGCAUAUCGAAAUCCAAGAAGCUACUGUCACACUGGAAAAAUAUGGCCGGAUCCGAACGAAGAACAGUGUAGUGGAGAAUGCCAUGGUGAUGAAAGAGUGGGCCAAGCUGACAGACCGAGUGACAAGUGCGUACAAGACAUGGCAUUGCGAACUCGUCAACGCACCGCAAGGAUGGCGACUGGAUAUGACCGAAGGUAUUCUUUCACGCAAGCGAUGCCGAUUGCAGGCAAUUGAACUACCACUGGGUAGUCAUGUACUACCUGCGGAGACCAAACCCCUUUUGCAAGACAUUGAAAGUGGACAAUUAAUGAGUGACAUCGAGGGUAUAGCCCGGCCGAGUGACAUCCGAAGUGAAAACGUUAUGCCGGGUGAUAUCGACAGUGUUGUGGUGAUGAGUGACUAUACGAGUGCAAAUGGAUUAGUACCGAAGGACCCGGACCCGGACAACAUGCCAAAAGUUGUAAAGGGUAACAAUCCGGGACCAGAAAUUAGGUUACCAGUGAGCUCCUUAGCGAACGAUACUCUAGCCGGCGCAAAAGACAACACGCGUAGUUCUGUUAGCAUGGGCUCUAGUGUGCAGGAAAACGCCACAGAUAUUAUAUAUGUUGCGCAAGAUGGCCCCGACGAGAAGAGUAGUGGUGAGAAUGUCGCAGAUAGUUUAAAAUCCUCACAAAUCGCCACAGAUACGAAGGCAGCUGGGGAUAUGGGACAUACGACCAGCGAGAGAAAGGGUCGCAAUAGUGCUACAGAUGUUCCAAGACCAAGACCAGCACAGUUGCAAAUAAAUACUGUGACUAGGCGCCAAUCUUCCGAUAACUUCGGCGUACCCAUACCCAAGCAACGGCCGGCGAGUGUAUAUUUCCCCAAUCAGCGAUCGAAUGAACAUGCCACAGAUAAUAGUUGGAAGAAUAAGGAGGAGGCGGAGGGUCCAGACGAUAAAGCUGCGCUUAGAUCGACAAAGAGCUAUCACGCACCCAAACCUAUCCCACCCAAACGAGCUUCGUUGCAAAACGUAAAAGUACGCAAACAGAACAGCAUGAGCGGCUCGGGCGGAAGUGAUAGCAGACCAGUCUCUGCGUCGUUGGACGGUGAGGAGCGAGUAAGAGAAAACGUAGACGGGCCAGGGAAUGGGAAACACGAGUACCAAAACGUAGAUACAGAUGCGCUCACACGGCAAUUGGACGACACACGACUGCGCUUACGAACACAGCAACAACACACACCAACACCCACCACAAACAAACCUCCGGUAAAAACACCACGAGAAGGGACUAAGAAACUCAAGGCCUCCCCACAAACUUCAGACCUGGGUUUGAGGGAGAACCAUGGCCAACCUACACAGCGUAUACCUGCAAGGCCUGGAAAAGGAAAGGAACAUGUCGCAGAUGAUAAUGUUAAGAGUGUGGCUAGUUUAAGAGUAUCGAAUGUGGUGACAGUAAGCAAAGGGGUGCGAGAGCUACUGCGAGAAUGUAACCGGCAGAUUGCUCACAGUAAUGGGCCAGUGAGGUAUGUGUUUAAAGAGUGCUGUGAAACUUUUGCAACCAAUGGUUCACAAAGAUAG